AAACUCAUUCUUGUUGCAACUGCCAAUGAAUGUUUUUUUAGAGGAAUAGCUUAAGAAACCACCCCGCCAUUAUCACCUCGUUUAUAUGAACAGCACUUAAUGGAAUGCAGCAUCUUUAGAGCCAUUGAGAGCUACAGCAUGGGUAUAAAUGGGGUCUGAUCUUCUCAGUGUUCAGUGUGGUGUGGUGUGGACCAGGAGCUCAUCAUGACUAACAUCGAGAACGGAGGACUCAGCGGAGCACGCGCAGAAAGGUCAAGAGCUCCGAGAGGGAGUUACAAAAGAUACAUUUCAGGAACUUACAUCGGACUUGUUGCUUAUGCCAUUCAAGAUUCACCAGACAAGAUGCUCACAUUCAAACAGAUAAUGAAAAAGCUGGAACCAUUUGUCCUCGGAAACAAAAAAUGCGUUGAGAACAACAUCAGAGUCUGUCUUUCAUCAAAUAGGUGUUUUGUAAAGGUGCCAGUCGAUCCGAAUUAUCCAAACCCUAAAAAGAACUUCUGGAAAGUGGAUGAAAAUGGCAUUACUCCAAAAAUGUUUCGCCGACAUUUCAAAUAUCUAAUCAACAUAUUGCCUGGCCUGUCGAUUCAGACACAGCAGGUGGAGGAGUGUGGAGACAAAUCUUAUGCUCCUGAGCCUCUUAUUCCAGCCUGCAAGGUCACAGAAAACAAAAGUGAGAGCAAAUUUACAGGCCCCUUUUCCAUAGAAUCACUAUUGAAGAGCGAGCGUGAUGUGAAGCGUUUGGAGGAGCAUCCACACUACACAGACACACAGCGAGGAACAAACAAGAGAAAACACAUUUAUGAAUAUGAAGCUGUGAGGUAUUAUUACCCAGUUUCAGCAGAAGGAUGUGAACUGGCCCCAGUGAAAAGACCUCGUCUCUCUUCGGGACCUCAGUUCAGACGGUUUCCUCCUCCACAUGUCACAUAUGAUCCACGAGUUCUCUUCAGCUCUCCUUCAAUGUAUGAUAUUAGAUAUUUCAGGUGGUAAACAGCUAGAAUGACCACAUGUAAAUAUGAUGUAAUUGCACUUCAUUUUUGUUGUUGUUUUUUUUUUUCAAUAAAAACAA